AUGAAUUCUAUGCCUCCUUCCUCAUCGGCAUCUGCCUCGGUCGACAACCCUAUCGACCAGGAGGAAGACCGAGAUUUUGAUACACAUUAUUACCACCCGGCCUGGGCGCAACGCUGGUAUCAUCCACAAUUUACUAAAGAAGCUGUCGCAAAAUGGCGUGAAGAGCCAUGGUAUAAAGACAUUAAUCGCCAGAGCCGCCAGUUUCUAAGGUCAUCACUAUGCGAUUUCCCUUGGGGUUUUAUUAUCUAUCGAACAACCUACACGCCUGAGUCUGAGAAGCAAUGGCCGGUCGCUAUGGAAAAGCUGACUCGCGUGAUGAACAAAUGGAUUGAUGGUGAAUUGAAUAAUCCCGAUAAACCCUAUGGGAAUGACCCCCGCCCCGAGCAAUUGGUCAAAGAGUCGCAUAAGGAUGUGAUCAUCUCUGACUCUAGUCGCUGGGACCAUGCUAGUGUUGAGCAAGUCCGUAGCCACUAUGUGGAGCAUCUACGCGAGAUGAAGCAGGAACGCUGCGGUGAACAACCUCGCUUUGUUGUCUGUCUUAUGAUUGAUGACAGGUCACUGAAGUCCAUUGUUGCGAAAGAUGGCCAUAGCGGGUAUGUUGGGGUAGUUGAUGGAUGGUAUCACCCCGAAAAGAAGUACGAUUGGCCUUCUUACCGUGGAUACAUGAGGGCGGAGAUUAGUGCCUUGUGGCCCCUUUAUCAGAAUCUUGAUUUCAACCAUAUGGACGAGGUAUGUCUGAGCGUUGCAGAUGGAUUUAUUCCUGUUUAUGAUGCCGGCUAUGGAAAGGCGCAUGAUGAAGAUGGGAAUGAAAUACCAAACCGUGGUCGGGUGCCCCCCGAGGGAGGAUUUGCGCCGGGGCGGGGACGUGGAUAUCGGUGA